AUGGACGGUGCCAGAUCACCCGUCCCCGAGAACCACACCGAGCACGACCGCAAGGCGAAAAAGCCGAUCCAGCUACACAUUGACACCAUUCCCCUGCGAAAAGAAGAGCAUCUCGCCGAGGUGCGCAAGGAGUCCGAUCUGGUCACUCCCUCCUCCCGCACCUCGAUCGACCCCGCGCUCCCGACGGUGCUCAGGACAACUGCCCGGGUCUCGCUGCUGUCGACGCCGCCGCCACCACAGGCCCGACCCCCGUCGUCGCUCAGAUCCGUCGAGUCUCCAAAUAUAACAGUAUCGUCGCUGCAUACGGGUAAUCCACCGUCCGUGGCAUGCAGCCCCCCACCGCCGAUUCAGUCGCCAAAGGCGGUCUUCGUCGACGCUGCGAUCGACACCCAGACCGACCAUGAGCUACAAGAACUCCGGGAGCUCGUUUGGCGCCAGAGCAAUCUACUGCGUUGGUAUCAUGAAAAGUACCCCCAGCACAACCCCUCGGAGCUCGUGCCGCUCACUACCCUCGAGCUGGAGCUGGAAGUGAAGCGCCGCCAUGACCCGUUCCGCUACGAGCUGAUCUUCGAGGUCGCUCGAACAGCGUUCCGAUCCUAUGACGAGAAACUUGGCGACAUGGAGGCAGCCAGCAAGGCCAACCACAGGGAGAUACUGGACUAUCAGUCGACCUGCGAGAGCGUACGAAAGGAGAACGCCAUCCUCAAGAGCCAGAGCGACGAGCUGCACAGGCGGAUCAAGGAGCUGAAUGAGAGAACGUGUCAUGACUGCCGAGAGCACCAGAGUCAAAUCGAUUUGUUGAAGGACGAGGUUCUGCAGCUCACAGCAGAAAUCAAGCGCAAUGAGCCGAUUGUGACUCGAGCCUCUGAUCUUCAGAAACAAGCCCUGACCCUGACAAGCCACCUGACUUCGCUGCAAAACAUGGUUGCAAGCCAGUCCGAAUCGAUCCAGACUCUGACUGACCAGGCACUCAAAUGGGAGACCGAGUACAACGAAUGCAGCGGCAAGCUCUCUCGGGCAGUAAGCUCGAACAAGCAGCUGCUGUCGCGGUCGAUUGCUCUUGAGAAGAUGUUUGGCGAAAUGGAGAACAAAUUGCUUGACUAUCGGCGCGAGCUUGACCGCAGGAAGAAAUGGAUCAAGGAAAACGAAGGGAUCGUGGAGGAGUACAAGAGCUGCAUAGAGGAAUUCGAGAUUGGCAAGGGCCUCGUCACCGACACAAACAAGGCUCUCGAUGAGGACCGGCCGUUGUUCCGAGGUCUUCUGAAAGCCCACAUCAAGCGACUGUAUCGAAACAUCGAAGAUUUGAGGCGGCAGCUCGAGAGUCAAGACAAGAGAAGCUUCAAGCUCGAGAGCUCGUACAACCAGUUCCUGCGCAAGUACAUGCACGAUGUCGACGAAAAGGACACGCUCCUGGAGGUGGGCAAGUCGCACCUGAAGGGCAUGAUCCAAACGAUGGAGCGAACCCGAGAUGAGCGGGAUGCAGCUGUGCAGAGGGCUGAAUCGGCCACAAAAGAGACGCUGGAACUCUCCGAGAAACUCAAGCACGCGCUCACACAGCGAGACGGCGAGAUGUCUGGUAUCAUAAAGCAGUCCAACGACAAGAUGAAGGAGAUCCGGGAAAACUACGAAAGCGAGCGGAUGCGGCUCCACCAGCAAAUCGAUCAACUACGUGGCGAAAAGGUCGAGCUGCAGGUCGAGGUUGGCCAACUGCUGCGUGACAAGAGGGCAACCGAACUGGAGCUCGAUGCCUCGAAGAAGAUUGCGGCUCUGGGACGAGACAAGACGAGAUACGAGCCAAGUCCAAUAUUUUGA